AUGCUAGAUUGCUGCCUCAGAGAGGAGUCGACCAUCUACAAGGAAAAUCCACCACAGUUUGUCAUUGACGACAAGGAGAUGAAAAGCAGUGAUCCGGUCUCUUCCGAAAAACGAUUAUCUGUGACAAUUAUCACAGAUGUGCCUGAGGUGACGCACAAGCCAAGCAUACCCACCUCCCCCGACGACAUUGCAAUCAUGUCCCGCCAAAGCAGUACGACCUUCAGGCUUGCAGGUGAAGGAAUUUCUCCGAAAUCUCCGAAAUCUCCGAAAUCUCCGAAAUGCCCAAGCGAAAGUUCGGGGGUCUUUCAAUUCUCGCCAAAGAGUAUGCGUUCGGAAGGCAGUUCCAGAAGUAACUUGGAGAAGUUGAAGGUGCCUUGGGAUGUGCGCAGUGGCACUUCUGUCGCGGACUUCGACAACUUGGCUCCGACCAAUGACUACACCAUGGAUGAAGAGCUCGGGGUGGGUGGCUUCGGGACCGUCUACAGGGGCACCAAGAAGACCAAUGGGACAGAGGUGGCCAUCAAAAUCAUCCAGCGAGAACGCUUGCACUCAGAAGACAACUUCAAGGAGGAGCUAAAGGUGGCAAGAAAACUGCAACAUCCCAACAUUGUGUUGCUGCAUGCUUCUUACCAGGACGACAACAACUACUACUUGGUCAUGGAGUUUUGCCCUGGCGGCACUUUGGCGAAGUUUGUUGGCACCAAGACCAUGCAGAAGGACGAUUUGGGUUUGUGGACCGUUGGCUUGGAUGUGGACCUCUUUGCCAAAUAUGCAUGGCAAAUGCUCUCGGGAACUGCCUAUCUUCAUUAUUGCAAAAUCGUGCACAGGGACAUCAAAUUGGAGAACUACAUGCGAGUAGGAGAUGAGGAGGACGCGCAACUAAAGCUAAUUGACAUGGGUCUGGCUUGCAGGCUCAAGAAUAAGAAACGGAUUCAGGAUGUGGUGGGCACAGUGUUGACCAUGGCCCCAGAGGUGCGCAGUAAGGACUAUGACGAGAAGGUGGAUGUGUGGGGCGUGGGCAUGUGCUUGUACAUGUCGGCCGUUUGUAUGGAUCCCUGGUACAACCCCGAUGACUAUGCAGCCAUGGAGGAGGAUCAGAUUUUGUCGGCUUUGGAUGAUCCCGAACUCAAGUUGAACUAUCACGAGAAACGCUGGAAUUUGAAGCCGGAUGAAGUCAGGAACUUGGUGGAGAGUCUUUUGGUGGUGAAUCCAGCACAACGUCCAAGGGCACGGCAAAUUAUGACCAACAACAAGUGGCUCAUUACCAAUGGAAGAGACGCGGGUGGUGGAUGCUGCUGUGCUAUCUCCUGA